UUGCUGGGCAACAUGACACCAAUAACGUUUUCCUUAGCAACGUGCGAAUUCGUCUUGGCAAGCGACUUGGAUUCAUAUGAUAAGCAGACUGCAAAUCACCUUAUUGCAAUGGAUGAAACUGCAAAACCCCUAAGAAUUCCACCUGAAAUGGCUAUUUAUGCAGAGAAGCAUGAAAUAUUUGAUUUAGUCCAGAACAGAUCUGUAACCCGGCUACCGGUUUGACAAGAGGGAGUACAGCUACAGCCGGAAGUGACUUUAUGUAGCAGACAUUGGUGAUGAAUCUUAUGGUUGAUAAGCCAGAGGAUCCCAUCCAGUAUCUAGUCGGUCUUCUCAAAAGGGGCAGUGUUGAGGUACCCAGAGUAAUGUUGUUAGGUCCACCUGCAUCAGGGAAAAGAACAAUUGCCAGGAAGCUGUGUGAACACACUCAAGUGAUCCAUAUUACAGCCAGCAACAUUCUGAAGGAAGACACUGACCUAACCAAGAAGGCUCUACAGUACAAAACCAAGCAACAGGAAAUCCCAGGUGACCUUUGGAUCAAGUUGAUUCAGCAACGGCUGUCGAAAAUAGACUGUGUCCGACGGGGCUGGGUGUUGGAGGGGAUACCUCAGACACGAGAGGAGGCCCUGUCCCUACAGGAGGCUGGAGUUGCCCCAAAUCACGUUGUGUUGCUGGAGGCUCCCGAUGCAGUGCUGAUUGAACGGAGUCAGGGCAAGAGAAUAGACCCCGUCACAGGAGAUGUGUACCAUAUCACGUUCAUUUGGCCCGAGGACAAGGAAGUGGUGCAGCGGUUAGAGCGCCAGAAGGCUGUGUCAGAGGAGCAGCUUAUCGCCCAGCUGAUGCAGCACCAUCGCAAGGUUCACGCCCUGCGCAAGACCUACCUCAACUGCCUGAAGAGCAUUGACGCCGACCAACCGCAUGUGGACGUGUUUGACCAGGUGCUGACGUACAUUCUCUCGCAGCACCGUUCUGUGGCCCCUCACACCCCCAGGGUCCUCCUCUUUGGUCCCCCUGGCUCAGGCAAGAGUCUGCAGGCGAAACUUAUCUCUCAGAAAUACAACAUUGUCAAUCUUUGCUGCGGUGAGCUUCUGGAGGCGGUUUCUGCAGACGCCACCAAUAUGGGAGAACUCAUUAAACCUUACUUGGAAUCUGGACAGCAAGUGCCUGACAGCAUGGUGCUGCAGAUCCUGACUGAGCGUCUCAGCAGGCUGGACUGUACCACACGGGGCUGGGUGCUGCAUGGCUUCCCCAGAGACCUGGAGCAGGCAGAGAAACUCCAGGAGUCCAACUUCAUCCCCAGCAGGGUUUUCUUUUUGGAGAUGACAGACGACGUGGCCAUCGAGAGAGUCACUCUGAGGUCAAUCGACCCUGUCACCGGGGAGAGGUACCACUCUCUGUAUAAGCCAGCCCCCAGUCCUGAGGUGCAGACCCGUCUGCAGUUCAAUCCCAAGGACUCCGAGGCCCAACUGCUCCGGCGGCUAAAGGAGUACUGGGCCAAUGCUUACUCCCUGCAGGACCUCUACCCUGAGGCUGUGCAUAUCAACGCUGACCAGGACCCACACACUGUCUUUGAGUCCCUAGAGAGUCGUCUAGUCGGACGUCUUCCCAAGUCCUUGCCGGACAGAGGACAAAACUACUCCUGAAGUCGAAUCGAGACCCCAUGAUUUAUCUUAUUUUUACAUUAACACAAGAGCGGAGUGAAGGUCCUUUUUAGUUAGUAUAACAUAUUGUAAUCUUAAUUGUAGAAAUAAAAGGAGUUUAUUGUUCAAACCCACUGAAGCCAUCAUCCUUGUAAUUUGUUUCCGCAUUCACUUUGUCUGUGGCCUCCUGCCCCUAAUCCUCACAAGGUGCACUGGUUAACUCUGCUUUUGCUUUAUUAACAUAUAGAAGUAACACUGAAGUCAUCUGUACAGGGGAGCCAUUAGUUUGCCAUUAGGGAGACUUAAGUGCAGCAGUUAAACAAAUAUGUUAAUAUGGCAGAUUUCUCAAAGUCCCCUCAGACGCGCUGCAAUGACUGGUCCAGACUGACUUCAUUACUGCAGAUGAGUUUGAACAUAAUAUGCAUCUCCUUUGAAUAUUUUAGUAGUAGGAUAUGGUGGGGUUUGAAAGUUUGUACACUAGAGUAAAGCAACCAAUCCCCAUGCCCUCUUUAUUUUUUUGUGUUCCACUAAUCAGUGUAGUUCUGAUUUAUUUAGUAGACAAGUCUAUGUUUCAUAAUGUGGGGGAUUGCUUACUUGAUAUUUUAGUCUGUAGUGUAAAUGCAGGUGAGAAGACAGACUUGUCCAUCUUAUCAUAAGCAUCAGAAUCUAUUUCAAAGCUCUGUAUUUGUUGUUGGUCUCAACUCAGAAAAUAGACUUGUCAAUCAACUCAAACAAUACCACUACAAAGCACGUUUUCUGAAUGUAAGUUUACAAAGAAGAACUUGCUCCAUAUUAUGAUGUUGCAUUGUAGAAAUAUAAAACUACAGUAAUUUGUCAAAAUGUCAUUUUGAAAUAAGACUGUAUUUGAAACACUCGUUAUUCAUGAUAUGUUGUAUUGCAUGGCCAAAUCAAUCAUCUCUAGAAUAUCAUUGACUAUUCUAAGAAUAAUUAUUCAAGAAGAUUCUUAGACAAAAAUGGAAAUACUGUAUUUACAUAAAAUGAAUCCUCCUCAUCAACUUAAGUGAAACAAAUAAUACAUCUUAGUAGUCACUCUUAUUCGUAUCCCAGACACUUCUACAUUAUAACCCUUCCUUGGCUUU